UAUGGGAGGCAGCUGACCUCAACGCCUCCGAGUCAAGGUUAUGAGGUUACCCGGUACCGCCAGCCGCCGAACCACUAUUCAAUUGCCAGGUACUCAGCGUCAAGAUUGAAUCUCCCUCAAUGAUCUAGCCAACGAUAUGGAUGCGAAAUCGAUAAUCACAUCAAGGGGCAUAGAUCUUGUAAGAUGAGUGGAGCCAGACAUGCCAACCUAAUCCACAGUGCUAACUCUUGAAUAUUUGAAUUCUGAUAGGUAGUACAUGACAAACGCAUAUAAGCAAGAACGAAUAUCAUUCAUUCUUCGCGAUUAGUAUCGAGCCAAAAUGGUUGUUUGUAUUACACAGGCUUCUCCGCGAACGGAACACCCUCCAGCCUCUCCCUUAUAACUAAGGGUAUACCUAGAUUCAAAGAAAGAAAGCACAUCCACCUCUUCGAUGGCAAACUUUACAAACUCGUCUUCCCCUUCGCCGGGGUAUGAUACCUAUGCUCACUAUGCUCGUAACCUGAUCCAAGCCUUCGAUAAUGAGCUGAAGGGCACAGAAACCCUCCCGCCUAGCGUACCAAGGCCGUUGACCGCUCCACUGACUCAGAAUCGGAAGAUAACCGAUAUUAGCUCUGUAGGUCUGAUUGGAAUCUCGGACGCAGCUCUGCAAAAACCGGUUGGAAUCCUGGGUGCAGGAGCGGGCGGGUUGUACACAGCUUUGAUCCUCCAGGACCUCGGUAUUCCAUAUCACAUCAUCGAGGCUCAAGGUAAAGUCGGAGGAAGACUUCUCACAUACAAAUUCCAAGACGGAACGGGAUCGCCCUACAAUUAUUUCGACAUUGGCGCUAUGCGAUUCCCGAAAAUCAGUUCCAUGCAGCGAGUCUUUAACCUCUUCGACUACCCACCUCUCAACGAGGGCAGUAUCUCUCUCAAGACGAAGGCGGCGGGAAACAACAAUACCCUAUACUCUUAUAAUGGCGUCACAGUGCGGCAGAACGCGAUGCCCCCAAGUGACCCUUUCAAGGCUGAUCAGGUGAUCCAAGACGUCGUUAGCUCGAACCCAUACAUCGCUGUAGGUGUGAAGGCAAUCAUGGACGAUGUCAUUGGUCCCUUUGCAACACGCCUACUUGACGAUUUGAAGACUGGAGGGUCAGAAGGUUGGAAAUAUAUGAGGAGCUUCGACCAUUAUUCGACUCGCGCUUAUAUGCAGCUCAAGUAUAUACCGAGCCCAAGCCUUGGUCUACCCAACAAGUCUCUAUCGACAGAUGUUGUCAACUGGUCCACCGGCUGGUACGAUCGCGCUCUCUCCGAGACUGUUUUAGAGGCCGUUGCUUUUGGUUGGCAUCCCGGACCUAACCCGCCUCCCACGCAAUGGUUUUGCAUUGAUGGCGGCGCUAACGAGAUUGCGGCUUGCAUGGAACAAUAUAUUCGCAAGAAUAGCAAAGACGCUAUCACAUUCAACUCCAGAGUGACGGCCAUUGGAAUUAAUGAGGACAACUCUGGCAUGGACGUUGUUACAGACAACAAGGAUCUUCACAAAUUCUCGCAUGUCAUCUCUACUAUCCCCUUACCCGUUCUCCGCACUGUCGACCUCAGCCAAGCUGGUCUCUCCCCCAUGCAGUCGAAUGCUCUGCGAACAUUGAACUAUGGUCCCUCCAUUAAGAUCGGAAUGCAGUUCAGAACUGCGUGGUGGACGACCGGGACGGAUUUAAGUGGAAAUCCUCUCAAUAUAGUUGGAGGACAGACGUACACUGACAGGCCUUUGCGCACUGUCGUUUAUCCUUCCUUUGGAAGCGUCCAGGCUGGGACGACGACUACGCUUAUCGCCAGCUAUUGCUGGACGGAGGAUGCUACUAGGUUGGGUGCGUUGAUAGGCAGAGAUGACGCAACGCUUGAACAGCUUGUGUUGAAGGAGCUGGCGGAUCUGCACAACGUUGAUAUAAAAUAUAUACGUAACCAGCUGAUCGAAACCAAGGGAUGGAGUUGGUCCCACGAUCCUUAUACGAUGGGUGCCUUUGCUUUCUUCGGACCUGGAAAGUUCGGAAAUCUUUACACGAGCCUUAACAAUCCUGCUGCAGGGGGUUAUCUUCAUUUCGCUGGCGAAGCCAUCAGUGUACGGCAUGCUUGGGUGGAGGGUGCAUUGGAUAGCGCUUGGAGAGCUGUCCAUGAAAUGCUCGUUUUCCCUGCGUUCGAAUCCUACCGAGACAAGUUCUUCGAGCAUUGGGGAGUAAAUCCUGAAUGGGUUACACAAGGUGCAUUGAAAGCACCUACCAAUCGUCGUGGUGGGGAACCAGAAGGUCCAGAACCCCCUGCUCGCGCGCCCCAACCGCGGGACGAUCUUGUCUGGGAGCACAUCGUGCUCACACACCCAGAGCUGUUUAAACAAUUGUAGGCCUUUCGUUACUCAAAGUUAUCAUGAAUUGUCGACCUCUGCCUGUUUACGCUGUAACUUGUAUCAUUACGACGAAUGAGUGUGGAUUGUUCCUUAUGCGUUGGUUAUGUGUUGUGCAUAGUACCACCUGUCCGAAUUCAAUAUUCAAUAUUCAAGAGUUAGCAGAA